AGUAGCUAAGCCACUGUACGUGCAAGCUAGCGGCACAACACAACCGCCCAUAGCUGUACCGCCGCGCGCGGCGGAGCCGUCCCUUUCCCUCCACCUAUUUAACUCGCGCCUCCAUCGCUUUCCAGUUUCCACCCUCUUCUACCGCUCACCUCCUAGCUCUAGCUUGCCCCAGCUACGACGACGAGGACGCUGUCCGUGUACCACAUGUAUGCGAGCUCGAUCGACCUAUCGAUCUGAGCGAUUCCGAUCGGUUAUAUUAGAGAGAUCAAGCAUCCGAGCUGCUGCUGUGUUGUGGGUACGUAGAUGUAUGUAUAGUAUAGAUACCGCAGCCACCACCACCACUACCACCUCUGCUUUUUCUACCCUCGAUAUAUAUUGUGCUAGAUACUAGCCUCUUAUCCCUUUCUCUCUUCUUCCGCCGCCGCGUCCUCCUCCCCAACUUGAACACUACUACUACUCCCCCACGGCGAGCUCGCGUUCUCCGGGAUCAACUAGCCCUAGCGACGGAUGCAUAUGCGGAGGGGGAGAGCGGCGGGAGGCGAAGGAGAGGCAGCUGCGGUGGUGGUGAUGAACAGGUACGACAACAACGGGCAUGCGGCAGCGGCGGCGGCGGCUGCGGUGGCGGGAGGAGGAGGAGGAGGAGGAGGGAAUAAGGCGGCGGGGGAGGUAGAUGGGCAUGAGGAUGACCUGGUGAUGCCCGGGUUCAGGUUCCACCCGACGGAGGAGGAGCUGAUCGAGUUCUACCUCCGGCGGAAGGUGGAGGGCAAGCGCUUCAACGUCGAGCUCAUCACCUUCCUCGACCUCUACCGCUACGACCCCUGGGAGCUCCCCGCAAUGGCGGCGAUAGGGGAGAAGGAGUGGUUCUUCUACGUGCCUCGGGACAGGAAGUACAGGAACGGGGACCGGCCGAACCGGGUGACGGCGUCGGGGUACUGGAAGGCGACGGGGGCCGACCGGAUGAUCCGAGCCGAGAACAACCGCCCCAUCGGGCUCAAGAAGACGCUUGUCUUCUACUCCGGCAAGGCCCCCAAGGGCGUCCGCAGCAGCUGGAUCAUGAACGAGUAUCGCCUUCCCCCCGCCGACACCGACCGCUACCACAAGACUGAAAUCUCACUAUGCCGCGUGUACAAGCGCACCGGCAUCGACGACGGCCAUGGCCAGGUAUCCACGGCGCGGUCGUCGGCGCACUCCCGCGGCGGCGGCGCGGCACCGGUACAGGACAACAAGCAAGGCUCCUCGUCGACGUCCACGCCGACGCCGCCUCCAACUCCGUCCAAGCUCCACCUCCUCAGCAGCGAGUGCACGUCGCCGCCCGCCAUCGUCACGGACCACGCCGCCAUGGUGGCGCACAAGGCACCGUCGCCGCGGCACCAUCAGCAGCAGCAGCAGCUCCACGCUGCCAAGCCUUGCGGCGGCUACCUGCAGAAUUCCUCGAUGGCUUCCGCUGCCGGCGGCGAUCAGCAGCAGCAAUUUCAGCAAGACUUCGCGGCGGCAUUGUACCAGCAGUACUCCAAGAACACGAGCGGUGCCUUCGCCUCCACGUACUCGCUGCUCAACCUCGUCAACGCGGCAUCCAUGGGCAGCUCCGCCGCUGCCAUUGAUGAGCUGAGCUCGCUGGUGGGCCACGGCACGCCGUCCUACAUUAACCCCGCGGCCGGCAGCCACAACUAUAGUCAAUUCCUUCACCUGCCUACGACGCCGUCGUCGCAUCAACCAACGCCGGCGCCGCUCGGGACGACGACGGCGGCAGCGGCGGCGACGCUGCCGAUGUCGCUCGCCGCCUUCUCCGACAGGAUCUGGGACUGGAAUAAUCCGAUCCCCGAGGCCGGAGGUAGGGAUUACAGCACCAGUACUGGAUUCAAGUGAAUCAGCUAUAGCUACAGUUCAUGCACGCGUGCAUGGCAUUCUGAUCAGAUGGUACCACCAUGUACUACCUCUCUCUCUCUCUCUCUCUCUCUCUCUCUCUCUCUGUGUGUCCCACUCUCUGGUUCACAGUUAUUAAUUCUGAUGAAACGAUCAGAUCGAGUGCGUACGUAUCAGAGUACUAUACCCAUGUUAAUUCUCAAUUAAUCCAUAGAUCAUGCCUUCUAAACUAGUGGUAAGUAUGAUCAGGAGUUCAGGAUAGGUAAUUUGUAUUUCUCUCUGAGUAAUGAUGAACUGCAUAUAAUAACCUUCCCUUGAUCGAUGAGGUCAUAGUCAUAACAA